CUGACCAGCCCAAAGAAGCCCAACCUAUAACGAUAAGCCAUGUUUCUCAAAAGAAAAAUAAAUAGCGAUAAGCCCAGCCAGCGUACGAUCGAAACGCACCAUCGCCAGCGUUCCUGACUCGGAUGCGACUUACCACACACGCCCUUGAUAAAAGUGAAAGACCGAGAAACCACAGACGAUCAUCCAAACGCAUCACCUCGCUACCCCUCAAAAGAAAAAAGAUGUCCGGCUGGACCUCCAUCCCGGCGGACCUCCUCGCGGAGAUCUCGGGCCGCCUGGAAGGCGACGCGGACCGGAUCCACAUCCAUCAGGUAUGCUCCCACUGGCGCGCAUCCACAUCCGGUCUAGCCGCCUGUCGUCCAUGGAUCGUCGCCGGCCGCGAACCAUGGAGCCUGCUUGGCCCGGUCGGCCAACACUCGUUUUGGCUGCCCCUUGGCGGCCGACGGAUCUACUUGGGCACGCCGGCGCCGGCGGGCCUACCAUAUUGCUGCGGCACGCCCCUUGGCUGGCUUGCCCUCAUGGACAACCUGCAAUCCCCAACGCGGUUUCUCCUAUGGGAGCCCCUCUCUAAAGCUGAGAUCUUUCUGCCCUGUUUGCCCUUUGUUCUCCAAGUCUUCCUCUCAGGAGACCCGCUCACCUCGCCUGAUUGGAUGGCAAUUGCAAGCCAGAAGCUCUACACCACCAGUGCUUCCAUGGGCCAGACGCUCUUCUUCUGGCGGCCCGGAGAUGCCGCGUGGACGAUGCAGCUCGGGCGCCCAAACGGCAGAAUCGAUAGCGCAGCAUUCCAUCAAGGGAAAUUUUACGUCACCGACAUUGGGUGGGGCCUUCACGUCUAUGAUCUUGUUUUUGAUCGCUUUCCUCCCAAGGUUGUCGGGCGAACCAACCUUUACUGUUCUCUGCGAGCGCGCCAUGGAUUUCGACAGUUCCCCGGCGGCGGCAGGCCGACGUGGUACCUGGUCGCAUUCAAUGGCGAAUUGCUGCUCGUUGUUACGUACCGGGCGCCCAAUAUAAAGGCUGUCGAAGUUUUCCGCCCGGAUUGGGCAGCGGAGCGCCUGGAGCUGCAGGACAAGGUGACGGAUCUAGGCGAGUACUCGCUUUUCUUGGGCCGCGGUGACGCGUUUGCCCUCUGUGCAAAGGAGUUUACUAUGAUCCGGAGAAAUUGUGUCUACUUUGUAGAGCACGAUACAGUCAAGCAUCAAGAUUGGGCUAUUGUGUUAGACUUGGGGUCAAAUGUUGUCCAAAAAAUUCCAUAUCCUGAAGAGCAGAUGGAGGGCGCAGGCAAAAGCAAUCACUGGUUGGCGUAUUCAUGGUUCUGUCUCAGAAGACCCUUCUUGAAGGGUGACGAAGCCCAGUAAGGUAGAUCUUCACUGACCAUCUUAUAUGAAAGUAUCCGAACCAGUAUUGGAGCAGCAUCAGAGCUUCCCAUGUUAUUAUGUUUGAAUGAUCUAAACACCACACCAACACCAACACCAGCACCAGCACGUAUGUCUUGUCACUUAAGAUCAUCAACCUUAUUCCUCCCAUGAAUCUUUGUUGAAUAAUGGACUACAAUAGUCCAAUUACUAAGCCUUUGGCAUGGAAGUGUUAAGAGCUGAUUUAUAAUUCAGUGGACCACUAUUUUGUAAAGUCGGAUAAUUCAGUCGACCACUAUUUUGUAUCUCUUUUUCUCUUACUAAUAAAACUGUAAUUAUUCAGUC